AUUGUUAACACCUGUCUAAUUUUUUUAGAUAUAACCAAGUUAAACUAAAAACGAAAACAUGAAACCUUAUUCAAUAAAGAAUUUUUAAAAAAUGGCGACUGCUGUGCGGUGGAAAUUGAAGCCCUUAAUUGCACUUGUCAGUUUGGCACUGUUUUUUCUGUUUGCCACAUUUCGGUUAUACUAUACUCGUAAUUCUUUAAAUAAAGCGUCCAUACUGCACAUAGAGACUGGUUCCUCUCUUCUCGAUAACAACAAGCAUAAUGAAAUAGCUUAUAAACUAUGGCAAGAACCUAAUAAAUUAUCAAAUGUUGGUGGUCCUGGUGAAGCUGGCUUACCUAUGGAGACAAAACCAGAAGAAGAGGGUCAGAAAGGCAGAGCAUAUUCUGAGUAUGGAUUUAAUCAAUUUAUUAGCGAUAAGAUAUCCUUGCAUCGAUCACUGCCUGAUCCAAGACCGAAACAGUGCACUUUAAAAAAAUAUCAAAUCAUCCUUCCAAAAGUAAGCGUCAUUAUUAUCUUUCAUAAUGAGGGUUGGUCAACGUUACUGCGUACUGUGCACUCAGUUAUUAACAGAUCUCCUCCUGAGUUGCUCCAUGAAAUAGUUCUCUGUGAUGAUUUUAGUUCAAAAGAACAUUUAAAAGGUCGACUUGAAACUUACAUAAAAAUUUAUCCCAAAGUAAAACUUGUACGUACAAAAGAAAGGGAAGGAUUAAUUCGUGCACGCGUGUAUGGAGCAGAUCAUUCAACUGGUGAAAUUUUACUCUUCCUCGAUUCGCAUUGUGAAGCGAAUGUCGGAUGGUUGCCGCCCUUAUUGUCUGAAAUAGGAAAAGAUUAUCGUAGUGUGGUUUGCCCAACUGUCGAUUUCAUCGAUCAUAACGAUUUUCACUAUCGUGGAGUUGAUCCCUACAUACGUGGAACGUUUAAUUGGAGAUUUGAUUACAAAGAGAAACCUAUCAACGCCCAACAAAAAUUCGAGCGAAAGGAUGAGACUGAAGGGGUAAAGUCUCCAGUAAUGGCUGGUGGCUUAUUUGCAAUUUCACGAAAGUUUUGGGAAGAAUUAGGUAAAUAUGAUCCUGGAAUGUAUGUGUGGGGUGGAGAACAGUAUGAAAUUUCAUUCAAGCUAUGGAUGUGUGGUGGACAAAUGCUUAACAUGCCUUGUUCACGCGUUGGACACGUGUAUCGGAGAAACGUUCCAUACACAUACGACCGUCCGCAUGCAGUUCUUGUCAACUUUAAACGCGUCGCAGAAGUAUGGAUGGAUGAGUUCAAGGAGUUCUUGUAUCAACGCCGACCUGACAUUCGCUAUCAAAAACAUGGUGAUAUAUUCGACCGUGUUGAUAUACGUGAGCGUAACAAGUGUAAGGACUUCAAGUGGUAUUUACAAAAUGUAGCCAACGAUACAGUGAGAACGAGAUAUGAACCAGACAGGGCUAAGGGACAGAUUCGAAAUAUACAUUCCAACUUGUGUCUUGACACUCUUGGAAGAAAUCCUGGCCAAGUAAUCAGUUUAAGCAGUUGUCAAAGCCAUGGUGGACAGCAAUUUCGUUGGACGUAUUUGCACGAAUUGCGUCAAGAGCCGGAAGAUUGUUUAGAUGCGAGGUAUACAGAUGUUAAUAACGUGUACGUUGAAAAAUGUCAUGAGAUGGGCGGUAAUCAAAAGUUUACGUAUAAAAUGGAUACUCAACAGUUGUAUCAUGCCGGUAGCAGCAAAUGUUUGUCUAUUAAUCAUGAUGUGAAUCCAACUCAUCCUAUCAUCGAAUCUUGUAAAGCUGAUGCAAAACAACAAAGAUGGAGCGUACAGUUGGUGGAGAACGAUGAAGUGCCUGAAUGGGCUAAAAUUGCCGAGGAUUUUAAACCAUUUCCCAUACCGUAGAGAACAUCGUACGUUGAAAGUUCGGUAUCCAGUGAAAGUUGAUAUCAAUCUUUCUAUCAUGGCUCCAGUAUUGUACGAGAUCUAGCGACUCAGUGAGAGAAGCUCGUAUUUGAUCGAAUUUGUAGUGAGAUCGACUAAAAUUGCAUUUUAUUGGUCAGUGGAUUACACGACUCAAAUUUAAUAAAUGUUUUUAGUGAAUUUUUAACAUUUUAAAAAAACAUUUUUUUAUAUUAUUAUUACUUGCUUAAAUUUUCUUUCCUAUUUGUCAACCUUUUACAGGUAAAAAAUAAAGUCUGCAGACAAAAGUGGAAUAAAACGUGUUUUUCGAAUGUGGACUGGAAUAAAUUAUUACAAUUAUCUUGAAUGUAACCAGACGGUUUUUUUGCUGUUUUUAACUGUACUUAGCUAUACGUUCAAAAAUAUGAUAAACGUGUUAUUGGGUUAAAAGAUACCUUAAGAAAUGUAUUUUUAGCCUUCUAGUGAAAUUUAUGCUAUUGGCUACACCUCCGCCAUAAAUAGCACUGACUUUUUAAAUGAAUAACUGAGAACGACCAUGUGCAAUGCCGAAAAAAUCAGGUUUAUCGUCGGCCUUUAGAAUAUAAACAGUGCAAAUUCAUUAGUGACGUAGCAUUCGUUCUUUUUUUCGGUAAAACAUUAGCCCCUAAAUAGUUUCUUUUCGCAUAUUAAGCACCACGAAAAGUUUUACGUUAGACAAGUAUUUACCGAAAGCAAACUCUAUUUGAAAAUAUUUGUAUAUCCUUAAUAAUUAUGUGAACUUUUUUAUAAAAUAUAUUUUUCAUUUUAAUGCUA